UUAAAGAUUUCCUUCCAAUGGAGUUGCUCAAUAGCCCUACAAAAUUACAUGUAAUGAAGGUAGUUUUGGUUCUUGUUUUGGCUUUCUUGAGUGCCAAAAAUGUUAAUGGCAGAAGAAGACAUCACCACAACAAUAUCAAAGGCUGUUUUGAAUACUCUGCCAUAAGUUGCAGAGCUCAUACUGCUUCAUUGACUGAUUUUGGAGGUGUUGGUGAUGGUACAACCUCAAACACCAAAGCUUUUCAGACAGCCAUUGAUCAUCUCAGUCAAUAUGGAUCCAGCGGUGGUGGUUCACUGCUCUAUGUUCCUCCAGGCAAAUGGUUGACUGGAAGUUUCAAUCUCACCAGUCAUUUCACUCUCUUUCUUCAUCAAGAUGCUGUUCUUCUUGCUACUCAGGAUGAAAAUGAGUGGGCAGUGAUCGACCCCUUGCCGUCAUAUGGUCGUGGACGGGAUGCUGAUGGUGGAAGAUACAUUAGUCUCAUCUUCGGGACCAAUCUCACCGAUGUUGUUAUCACUGGGAACAACGGGACGAUUAAUGGUCAAGGAGGCGUUUGGUGGGACAAAUUUCACAAAGGCGAGUUGACAUACACUCGCCCGUAUCUAAUUGAAAUCAUGUACUCUACGAACAUUCAAAUAUCGAAUCUUACUUUGAUCGACUCACCCUCAUGGAAUGUUCACCCUAUAUAUAGCAGCAAUAUCAUCAUUCAGGGAAUUACAAUUCUUGCACCAGUUAGAUCCCCUAAUACUGAUGGAAUCAACCCAGAUUCUUGCACAAACACACGAAUCGAGGACUGCUACAUUGUCUCUGGGGACGAUUGCGUGGCGGUCAAGAGCGGUUGGGAUGAGUACGGGAUUGCGUAUGGGAUGCCGACCAAACAACUCGUGAUCCGACGGCUGACAUGCAUUUCACCAACGAGCGCGGUUAUUGCGUUAGGAAGCGAGAUGUCAGGGGGUAUUCAAGACGUGCGAGCCGAAGAUAUCUUGGCCAUCAACUCCGAGUCCGGAGUCAGGAUCAAGACGGGUAUCGGAAGAGGCGGGUACGUAAAGGAUAUAUAUGUAAAAGGGUUCACCAUGAAAACCAUGAAGUGGGCAUUCUGGAUGACCGGUAACUACGGAUCCCACCCUGACGACAAAUGGGACCCGAAUGCUAUUCCCAUCAUCCAAAACAUAAACUACAGAGACAUGGUGGCUGAAAAUGUCACCAUGGCCGCUAGGUUAGAGGGGAUUUCCGGAGAUCCUUUCACUGGGAUUUGCAUAUCAAAUGUGACGAUUGAAAUGUCGAAGUUUGCCAAGAAAUUGAGUUGGAAUUGCACUGAUAUUGAAGGGAUAUCGAGCGAUGUGACCCCUCAGCCGUGUGAUGCAUUGGCGGUUCAAGGUGGAAAAACAUGUGAUUUCCCCGAAGAGAACUUGCCAAUUGAGGAUGUUAAAGUUCAAUUGUGUUCUUAUAGAGCAAAUUAUAUGUGAAAUUGUGAUGAAGUUCAAUCUCUUGGAAAAUAGGUGUUGUACUUUGUGCAUCAAAAGUUAUACGUUAGAAGAGUCAUGCUUUAAGAAAUCGUUUCAUUUUUACCAUCGUUUCAUUUUUACCAUGGUUUUACCGGGCUAGGGACCGAUUGGGGUAUGAUGGUUCGAGAAUGAUUACAAGUUUUAUG